CCAACGACCCAUUAUCGUAUCGAAUUUAUUUGAGUGGAAUUCAAUCGAGUGGAAUCGAGUUUGAAAGACAAUUUACCACCUCUUGUGCUCAUGGUUGGUAUAGUACAUGAUGUUCAAGAAACGUGACGUACAACUUUCGUUGUUAGAGUGGUUCAAAAGAGUAGAAACAGGUUUGAGGAGGCCCUGCAAACUAUGGAAAGGUGUUCCUUUGUCUAUUCGUUAUUGCUUUCGUAGAAACUCCAGAGACCUUUUGUGCUAUAUCGAACUUAUAGAGCUCGCUUCGAUAGAGUUUCAGAGGAAAGUCCCUUUCAAAGAAGAAAUUUGUCUGGUAUUGUUCGUAUUUGAGAGGCUUCAAGCGUGGCUUUCCCAACGUGAAGUUUUUUACAAAAGCAACUUCUCGAUAUACGGCGGACCAGAAGCUGUGGUGAGACUGCUGUUUUGCUUACGGGAGUCGCACAACGAAAGGAAAUCACUCAAGGACACGUCAGUCGAUAUUUCUUGCACGCAAUCACUCGAACAAGCUGCAACGGAUGACUGUGAAGUCAGUACCAGUGACUUGUCUUCCGCAAACUUUUCCCUCGCCCAUUUGGAUAACUUAAGGAGAGUUUUCGAAGGAUUGGAGAGUGUUAUCGAUGCUUUCCUCGGUGAAUAUGUUAUACGCUACGCAACAUUGAAUCUUUAUGAUUCUUUUAAGGAACUUGAAACGAGUGCACUGUUUUUGCUGAAGAUGUGUUGCCUAUCCAUUCCCGGUGUCGUGGAGCGACUUAGCCUAAGAAAGGAUCUUUUAAUCUAUCUAUUUACCUUAACUUCGAACAAGGAUCGAACUUCUAUAUACGCUGUUGGUAUUUUAGAUGAACUUCUUGCAGUUCGACGGGAAACCUUUCCGCUGGUGGAAGUACCUCAUCUGUAUUCACUGCUUUGUGACCUUUCUCCUGCAGAACUUGCCUAUGUUAGUAGGGUACUAGCUUUGCUUGUUUUUGAACCUAUGCAAUGUCAAAUAUCAGAAUAUCCUCGCAUCAAGAGUCUAACGGAGUAUCUGGCCAGCCGGACUCCAAGUGUCAUCAACUCAAUGAAGAUCGUUGAAGAAAACAAUUCCAUUCUUCUUGGAUGUUCUUUGCUUAUUCGGAGACUAAUAGUCGUUGCUGCAUGUCCCUUUCAACAUUGUGAUAUUUCAUGGAGUCAGGAAUGCAGUUCUUUUGUGUCGACAGAAUGGUUGAAUUCUUCGUUGGAGAAGGAGACAGACGGAGAGUGGAGACAAUUUUUGAUUUCUCUAAUAGAGUAUCAUCUUGCUUUGAAGGAGCACAUGGAGCACACGUCGGAGGACUGUUCACAAGACGAUAUGUAUAUAGACAAAGCGUCAACAAGAAUAGACGAUUUGUUCAUGCAUUUAAGCUCCAGGACAAGAGCCGUAUUUGAUAUUGUGGGGAAAAACAAAAGAGAGUUACUGUUUGUGAUAUGUUCGCUUUUAAGUGGUGAAAGACAGGUUGAAGCUCAAGAUAUUUUCUUUUCCGAAGGAUUGUUUUCAGCGUUGUUGUUUCUCUUUAGUGGAAUGGAUUGGAGUUCAGCGCCACCACAGUCACACUCCGGCCUCCAUGGUCCUAAUUGUGAGUGCAACCCGAAGAAUGCGGAGAAAAUACAACUUCUUCGGCUUCUUCAAAACUUUGUUCAGAGAGAAGAUGAUAAUAGAAAGCUAAAGAGACAACUCUUGUCGUCAAGGGAGCGCAUGGCAAUUAGAAACUAUUCAUCCAGACCUCCGCCAAGGUCGACAAGAAGGCGUCGUAGCUUUCUUCUUUCCAGUGAGGGAGAGCAAGGUUUCGCCAGAGACUCCUCUAGUUCUUCUAUUCAUGAAACAUUCUUUCUUUCUUCAUCAUUUUUUACCUCAAACGACAUCGGAGGUCCUCUGCAUCGUUCAUAUUCAACAGAUACCACUAGUGAUGUUUGUCAAACAUUGGCCAACACAUUCCUUGGUCAGGAUGGAAUGGAAGGUGCAGAAGACAUUGGAGUAGGUUCAAGAAGUAUUAGCGAAUUAGUGCACAUUGGUAGGAGUUCUAGUAAAUAUGAAAUUUCAGCCUAUAAAGGCGAAGGUAGACUUAUUUUACACGACGAUACAGAUUGGGAUGAUGCAGAAUCGGUAGUAACGGAUGUUGAAGAUAAUCCAAGUGUGCUUUCCGAUGAGGAGUUGCCGAAAGAGAAGGGAAUGAUAUCUCUUUUGAUAGACAUAUUCACAAAUCGUGUUAUGGAUAGUUCUUGCUUUGUUUCUCUGGCAAGCUGUUUGGAGAGUUUUCUUGAAGGAGCAACUAAUGCAGAACAGGCACUUCUAGCUAGACGAGGAUUGUUACAUUCUCUUGUUCUUCAAAUAAUUAAUCAUGAUGGAACUGUUUUUGAUUGCUCCAACACUCUUCAAGCAAGUUUCGAUCUUUUGAGUCAACUUUGUCAGUUUAAUAGGGACAUCUUUUUUGCUUUGAAUUUGGAAUUGAAGUCAGAAGAAGGAGAAAAGGCGAUGCGUUUUUUUCGUAAUUUGAGUAGAAAUUUGGUCGACUCUAACUUUUUCCUCCGGUCUGUUGUCUUAUCGUUACAUCGUUUUCGUAUGGAAGAUGAACUUGCGGUUUCUUUUUCAGCUCGUUCAUCCGGUACAGCUGCAUUUGCACCCUAUAAUUUUAGUAACUGUGUUUUGCUCCAUUUCGUGCAGAAGAACCGUGUUCGUCUAGUCCAUGAUCUGAUCCAUGCUGUACGAGAUGGCGAGGUGAACCAGGAAAAUAUCAGCUGUAUCACCACGGCAAUACUAUUUUUCCUAAUCAGCGAUGUAAAUAUGGAAUUGGACUCGUUUCUGACAAAGAUUCGAUUGUGGGAAGCAGCUGCUGACCCUAAGAGUUAUCGUCGCACCAUGAGAAAUUUGAGAGGACUUGUCAGUUUCUGGUAUGAAUACUAUGCCGUUAGGAGUGUUGCAGUAUUGCAUUUGGAACGCAGCUCAUUCAUUCCUUUUUCAGAGUGGAAGCGCAUUGUUGACCUUUUGUUAGAAGCGCUUUAGAGAAAGCAAUAAAUUUCAAAGCAUGGCCACAAUGGCCUCUUGCUGUUCUGGCUCGGUUUCAGAGUUUGGGGUUGAGAAUAGGUUUUCUUGUUGUUUUGUCAACUGCAAAGCCUGGGAAGUUGCCAAUGUCCUUAAGAGAACCUCAAAAGUGUCGAAGAUUCCUAAGAAAGACUUUCGUAACGUU